UAAAAUAAUUAUAUUUUGAUGGUUAAAGAAAUGUACGGCACGGAACUACAUGUAUUUGUUUGUACUUACGGCACUAUUUUUGCUCGGUCUGCAGUAAGGAAAUUUCUACUUGUUAACUUUUGAUCGAUUGCGAGGGAUAAUCGAUCCAAAAACAGGAACACGCACUUCAAAUCCACUUGACGUUUGAAUAUUGAAAAAUUUAUUUUUAAAUCAAAGUAAUGAUUUAUUUUAAGAAGACUGAUUUUAUCUAAAUUGCUUUCUGUUUCGUAUCUAAGUUUUACCCGAAACCAAAAGUACGACGAUUGAGUUUCAAGUAGUUUAACGUCGACAACUUACAUUCACUUAAGUUAUAAUAAAAUGGCUGAACGAGUGGAAAGUGGAAUAGCAGAGUUAGAAGUUCAAGAGGAUGUUGUUGAUCCGUGGAACGUUGUCAGCAAGUCUGCAACCGGGAUAGACUAUGACAAACUCAUAACGAAAUUUGGCAGUACAAAAAUUGACGAUGAGCUCAUAAAACGAAUGGAGAAAGCCACUGGGAAACCCGUGCAUCAUUUGUUGCGGAGAGGUGUCUUCUUCUCAAUGCGAGACAUGCAUGAAAUUCUUACCCUGUAUGAACAAAAGCAACCAUUUUUCCUCUACACUGGUCGUGGACCAUCUUCAGAAGCAAUGCAUCUUGGACAUCUUAUUCCAUUCAUCUUCACGAAAUGGCUACAGGAUACUUUUGACGUGCCUUUGGUGAUACAGAUGACUGAUGAUGAAAAAUUUCUAUGGAAAGAUAUGACAAUAGAGGAAGCCAACAGGCUAGCCCAUGAGAACACAAAGGACAUUAUUGCUCUUGGCUUUGAUGUUGAGAAAACAUUCAUAUUCAGCGAUGUUGAAUAUAUCGGGUCUUGUCCAGAAUUUUACAUGAACAUGUGCAGAAUUCAGAAGCUGGUUACAUUCAGCCAGGCAAAGGCGAUAUUUGGUUUUGCUCCUUGUGACAGUAUUGGAAAGAUUGCAUUUCCAGCUAUACAAGCAGCUCCAAGUUUCAGCUCUUCAUUCCCAAUGAUCUUCAACGGCAAAGUAGAUGUUCCGUGCCUUAUUCCAUGCGCCAUAGACCAAGACCCCUACUUUAGAAUGACAAGAGACGUAGCUCCUAGAAUGGGAUGUUUGAAACCUGCCCUGAUUCACUCAACUUUCUUUCCUGCACUGCAAGGAGCUCAAAGUAAAAUGAGUGCCAGUGACCCAACCUCUUCAAUUUUUCUAACAGACACGGACGAAGAAAUCGAGAAUAAGAUUAAGCGAUAUGCAUACUCUGGAGGUGGCGCUACAAUAGAAGAACACAAGCAAAAGGGAGGCAACUGUGACACAGAUGUUUCCUAUCAAUAUCUCACCUUUUUCUUAGAAGAUGAUGAAAAAUUAACAACAAUUGAACAGGAAUAUUCAAACGGUACACUGACGACAGGAAAACUGAAGGAAGAAUUGAUCACAGUAUUACAGCGGCUUGUAGGUGAGCACAGAAGAAAUCGAAAACUUGUCACUGAUGAAAUGGUGAAAAAGUUCAUGACACCGAGAAAGCUCAACUUUCAGUAUUGACGGCAUAAAUAAACCAAUUCAUCAUUACCACAAAGACUUCAUAUAAAAAUAUCAAAUGAUAUAAAAAGCCGUUACAUAUGAAUAUUGUUAUGUUACUUUUCACUGACUGAGACAUUGCAUAACAAUUUUCAAAUUGUCAUUGCUGGAUGUAUGUAGAUCAUUCAAGUAUAUGUAUGCAAGUAUAUAUAUUUAAACGUUCAUGAUUUAACUAAAUGUUUUAAGUGAAAAAGCUUGGCUUUGUACACAAAGCUAUUAACCAAUUAUAUCUAAAUUGUAAAUUGAUAUUUAAUGAUAUAAUUAACAAAAUUCAAUGUCGAACAAAAUAAAUAUUAACCGGUAAGUAUAUUUGAUAAAUAUGCAUGUGUAUAAUUCGUGGAUAUAGUAUAAAGUUGUUUUUAUAUAUUUAAACGUGUAAGGGUUUUUCCACAUGAUUUAACAGACCAAAAGUUUUACAGUGUAAAAUUUGAUUGUACGCUGUUUUAUUACUGGAUGGCAUACACAUAAAAUUCAGCAAAUAAAUAAAUAGGCUCGUUCGCUUGCUAUUUCGUCUAGCUAAAUUGCGUUGAAAGAAGCAGAAUUUCAAGACUUUCAAGGCUUAUAUAGAUGUGUCAAAGAUAUUCGAGUAAAAGCCACAAUUUUACAGUGUAGAACUAAAUGAAUAUGUUCACAAAUGUAAAAAAUCGUGUUUUUCUAUCACAGAAAAAUUGUGUGUGUGCGUGUGCGAAUGUGUGUGUCAACAUUUAUAUAGAUAAUCGAUUGCGGAAGUAAUAGUGAUUGUUAUUUAUACAAAAACGUCCUGAAUACUACACCCUGUCGAGUGAAAUAUACUAUUCCAUUUAUACAGACGCAUUGAACCUAUUCAAAAACAAAAUGAUAAAGAUAAAACUUCCUGGGGUGUUUUGUAUCAUUAAACCAGACAUUAAGUAUUCUAUUUUGUACUUGAAAUUGUAAUAACUUGAAUAUGCUGGCAUUAAAAACUCGUGCUUGACUUAAAGGUCGUUUAAUUUCAUUUUAACCUGUCUGGGUCAUAUGAUAUCAGUAGAAAAGUUAUGGAAACAAGGAUCAAGCCUUUUUUCAAACAAGGAAAGGGAAAUGUGUUCAAAAUUCGUUUUCGAAACAAAACCCGAUACAACACAUUCCUCUGUUCUGCAUUUGUUGCAUUUAAAUAAGUUCUUUGGACUUAAUACUGCUUGAUAUAAAUCAUAAUAAAUUAUUGGUGUGCCAAUUA